UGUUUAGUUGGUUGCCCUGUUUGUAAGGUUAGCGAAAUAUUUUUGCUCGAGUGUCGAUCGCUUAUGAUCUCUGCUGAAAAAGUUUUCUUUUUAAGGAUUGUUAUUUCUUCGACUUGAUGUGUCUCAAGGCCAAGAAUUUGUUCGCUGAAAACGAACGAACCAAACAAGCCUUAUAAAACUAAAUCUUCUCGGAAUCUACGGUUUGCCAUUUUUGUGGUACUCUUAACUGAUUUAUUUUAUUUCUCUUUUUACCAUUUUCUGUUUUUGAGUGAGAAAUCCAGGGUUCUGUACUGGGAGUUGUUCUGGUAGAAUAGAUGUGAGUCCGCUGAAUGGAGAGUAAGAAAGCGUCAAUAUUGAAAACUUGAGAGUUGAAUAUUCAUUCAUUGGCCUCUCAGUGAUGCUGAUAUUUUACAAGCGUCAUAGUGAGGUUUACGAUGUCACCCCAUUUAUGGAAGAUCAUCCCGGUGGCGAUGAGGUUUUGCUUGCAUCAACCGGAAAGGAUGCCACCAAUGAUUUUGAAGAUAUAGGCCACAGCACCUCGGCCAGGGAUAUGAUGGCAAAGUACUACAUUGGCCAGAUAGAUUCUUCAACCGUUCCAUCUAAGGGUGCUUACGAACCGCUUCAACAAGUACCCAACAGCACAGAUAAAUCAUCCGAGUUUAUUAUCAAGAUAUUGCAGUUCCUUGUGCCCAUAUUGAUCUUGGGCUUGGCACUUGCUGUCCGAAUGCUCACCAAGGUAGACUAGGCUUGUGCAAUUUCCCAAUUUGGCUUGUUGUUCCUUUCAAGAAUAAGAAACAUUGGUUGAAUGCAUAUCUUUGAAAGUACUGAGCUUAUGAUGUUAUUCUGCUUUCUAGGAUGAAGUGAUUGUCUAGUUGUUUCUUAUAGUGAAAUCAAAUGUUAAAAUUUUGAUGGAAAA